AGACCCGGGAAGCUGCUAUAGGUCAUUUCCACCACAGGUUCAAUUGUCAACCACGGAAACCGUUAGACCCGACGACGUUCUGUUUGUCAAUGGGAAUUGGGAUUUGAGGCGAGAAAGCCUGGCUUUAAGCUUAGCUAUCUUGAACUGUCGUGUUGUCGUCAACAUCACACCGGAACAAAGUCACAUGACACACGCAUUCGCCAUCACGAUGUUGAUUAUGCCGUGAUGUCACAACGCUACACUGACAGUAUUGGGUACGGUGUAGAUACAUUAAGGAGUGGUAUCCGGGACCACCUGCCGUGAUGGUGUUAGAAAGCGGCCAGCUGUACCCGGGCGCCAAGUCGACCAGGUGACAUCCAAAAACAACAAAUUAAUCUCGGAAAAUGGUCAUUCAUGAUUUAUUGUAAUGAUGGACGUGUGUUCAUAGAGUUGUAUAUUUCACGUGAUUAAUCUAUCAGUUGAUUGAUUGGUUGAUUAAUUAUACGUUUAAAUAUUAUCAUAUUGUCAAUUAGCUCCCGUUGCUACUGUUCACGUGCUUAGUCUGGUUUGGAAUUCAUAAGUAUUGUGAACGGAAGCGUCCUUUGUGUGGUGGCGGAGGCAAUACUGGAGCUAUAUAUGUGUGUAUGUGUGACAAACUUGUAGAGCUAUAUAUGGUGGUGGUAGUGAGGUUUCCUACCACGAUAUGGGGGUGGAAUGGACACAGAGUUGUCUGUCCCCCCUCAACCCCUCACGGCCGCUUUAACCUUCAUUCCGAUGUUGCACGUUGGGACCGCCGCAGUAGCUGAUGGCUCGGGGUCCGGGCAGGCUCGAGACAGUGAUGCUGGACAUUUAGGUUUGUCUUCCGCGCGGGGAGCUGCGUUACGUCAGCAGGAAAAACGCAAACGUGACUCGGUAGGGAGUAGUGAGAAAUCAACACCAAAGGACUCCUCUACUACUCGUAAGCUACGGGAGGCAAGUAGUAGACAGGAGGUAAAAAUAGCACCCAACCCUGUUACCACUGCCGCUGCACUUCCAGUAUAUCCACUAGGCGUUUCAAACACGACCUUUGAGAAUGUAUCCUCGGUGGCUCAUCCCGCAGUGAAUAUGGGUGUUCCGGGGGAGGUGGAACUCCAACACACACAGCAACACUUCAAUUCGCGCUAUUAUUCUACUGAGGUGAAUGGAUCUACGCCGGAUUUCAAUGGCAUUAUUAGAAGCAAACAAAUUAUGAAACGGGUAAUAUUAAACGUCGGAGGGGUAAAACAUGAGGUUAUGUGGCGUACAUUGGACCGUAUGCCUCAUACCCGACUGGGCAAACUUCGCUCGUGUAAUACCCCGGAAAGUCUCCUGGAGAUAUGUGACGAUUACUCACUAGCAGAAAACGAAUACUUCUUUGAUCGACACCCCCGAUCUUUUGCUUCCAUUUUAAACUUCUAUCGCACGGGUAAACUUCAUUUAGUGGAGGAAAUGUGUGUACUCUCCUUUAGUGAAGACCUCGAGUAUUGGGGAGUGGACGAGCUGUAUCUAGAGUCGUGUUGUCAGCAUAAAUAUCACCAGAAAAAGGAGCAUGUUUAUGAGGAAAUUCGUAAGGAGGCAGAAAGUCUGCGCCAAAGAGACGAGGAAGAUUUUGGUACCGGGUCUCUUGCCAAAUGGCGUCAGAAAAUAUGGGAUUUAUUAGAAAAACCAACUACGUCUAUGGCUGCGAGGGUCGUGGCCAUAGUAUCUAUCCUGUUCAUCGUGCUGUCCACGAUCGCCCUCACAUUAAACACUAUACCCAGUUUCCAGGGGGCCAACGGCGACAACGAAAAGUUAGCUUUGAUUGAGGCGGUCUGUAUAGGCUGGUUUUCACUCGAGUACCUGGCGAGAUUUUGGGCGUCACCAAACAAAUGGAAGUUUUUCAAAGGACCGUUAAAUAUUAUUGACUUGUUAGCAAUUAUGCCGUAUUUUAUAAGUUUGGGUUUAACGGAAACGAAUAGGCACACAACAGAGCAGUUUCAAAAUGUUCGCAGAGUGGUGCAAAUUUUCAGAAUAAUGCGAAUUCUAAGAAUUUUGAAAUUAGCCAGGCAUUCCACUGGAUUACAGUCUUUAGGUUACACUCUACAAAGAAGUUACAAAGAGUUGGGACUUUUACUUAUGUUUUUAGCAAUUUCUAUAUUGUUGUUUUCGAGUUUGGCCUAUUUUGCGGAAAAAGAUGUAGAAAAAACCAAAUUUAUUAGUAUACCUGAGACGUUUUGGUGGGCCGCCAUUACAAUGACGACUGUCGGGUACGGUGACAUAUUCCCGACGACCGUACCAGGGAAGAUAGUCGGCAGUGUGUGUUGUAUAUGUGGUGUGCUAGUUAUUGCGCUCCCAAUUCCUAUUAUAGUGAACAAUUUUGCUGAGUUUUAUAAAGAUCAGAUGCGACGCGAAAAGGCGUUGAAGCGACGGGAUGCUCUGGAAAGGGCCAAACGGACUGGUAGUAUAGUGUCCUUCCAUUCUAUCAACCUCCGAGAUGCGUUCGCACGUAGUGUGGACAUGUUGGAGGUCAGUGUGACGAAUAACAGACGGACGGGGGACAGCUGUGACAGCGAGGAGAUGAAAGGCACAAGUCCCCCUCCCUACGUGAUAAAGACUUUGGAGGAGUGCAAAUCCUCCGAGACGGAACAGAGUGAUACGACCAGUCUUCCGGGUUUAUCCCAUCCCAGCAAUGCUAAGCUCCUCAACGACGAUGACUCCAUCGGAAGGAUGACGUCAUCACAACCAGCCCUUAAUUCCAAUGAACAGGGCAAAUUUGAAUAUUCACCCACCGCUGAAUGUACUUCCGCACGUGCCCGGUGCACAAUAGAGAUGAAAACGCUUGUUCGACAGAGCAGCAAUACAAGCACAGACACUUAUAAUAGUUGCAUGACCCAUCCUCCCAUGAGUCCAUGCGGUAGGGGAGUUCCGGUUCCAGUCUACUCCAAUCUUCACGUCAAUCCGCUGAAGUCCUCACCGGAAGUCUGUGCAUGUUGUACUUCUUCGGAUAUGAAUGAUCUGACUGGGUUAUCCAUCCCUGAUCAUACUUCCUUACUAUCUGAUAAGGUCUUAAACGAUAAACCUUCUGAUCAAAUCAUUCAAAAAUUAGAUGGGAGAUUUACCACCACUUGGCAGAGAGUGAAUUCUCCUCAACAUGUCUUACAGCCGGAACUGGAUGAUGGGUACGGAUUCGCCAUGCGCCGGAAUAUAGAGCCACAGCGGCAUCAUCGAGCCAGCCUAAAAAGACACAAAUCCGAAUCGAGUGAGCGACACCCACAGUUUAGUGAUAUCACAGAAAGAUCGUACAUGUCUUUUGAUAAUCUCCAUGUGGAUGGUUCUACAAAGUCAAAAAGUGCAAAAUUCCGAAAAGCUGUUUCCUUGGCAACCAGACUACAUUCCAGCCCAUCCACCGGAAGGAAACUAGCCAACUAUCAUCUCAUCGCAAACCCACAAUCAGAGGGCUUCGACUCCCCAGGCAUGUCCCCAUGCGGUAUGCGAAAGGUCACCGCCCACUCCAGCCCCUCUCUAUUAGAUUCUCCUCCUUCAAAGAAAAAAUCUAUUUUGAAAAAAGACAGUACUGAUGCAGAAGACACGGAAAAUCUACUAUCGUCCCACGCACGUGAGCAGGAACUUACUCCGGGUGGGAGGCAUGUGCUCGAUGACAUUUCCUGUGUAAGGUAUGACGUGUAUCAGGGAUACAUUCCCAACAAAAGUGAUACAAGUGUUAUGCCCCGGGGCGUCUAUAGUGACGGAAAUCUACCUCCAAAUCGUGUUUGUACGUCAUCAGAAUGUGUGCUCCCACAGGUACAUUCACCAGCAUACUCGCCACUACAAAAUGUGGAAAACUUCAGUUUUGCAGACAUGCACGGUCGAAUUGAAGACAAAUACUCGCCACUAGAUAAUGUGGAAGACUUCAGUUUUGCAGCCAUGCACGGCCGAAGUGAAGACGAAUUUGACUUAAGUGAUAGUGUAGGUAAUCCUAAUAAAAUGAAUAUUUGGAAGCAAAGCCAAUGUCAAAAUGUCCCAUGGCAAAACGAUACGAGCCCGUCUGAUAACUUUGACAUCGAGGAAAGUUUGCUGAGCUCCAAUUCUAUAGGUCGGUCCCAGUCGGAUGCUAGCCUUUCUUCUCCUAACCUACUGAGGUUAUCGCCGCUUCAGAAUUCUAAUUUGUCUGAUUUGAAAAGUGGAAGUGACCAUUUUAAUCACGACUAUGCUAAAGACGACGAAUUGGACAAGGAUGGACAGAAAGAUAUACAAAUAGACUCACUAAUGAACAACGUAAACACUAGACAAUCGUCGGACGGCACCACUGACCCCUACACAACUCCCCAGGCAAGCGGAUAAAUUAGGUGAACGAUACCCCUCAGAAUGACAAUGGCUUUGGAAUACAAAUUGUGUGGCUUCCACUAGUUAUGAUUAAUGUUAACGGGCGUUAUUCCGUAAAAACCUAAAUUAAAUAAGGUAACAUGGUGUUUGGAAGUACAGGAUGGCAUACGCUACACGACGUACAUUCGCAUAGGAAGCAAUUCUUAGUACGUAUAGCAUAUAUAUAGAUACAGAUAACUUAUGACGUCAUAGUGCCACUGACGUCAUUGUGCUCAAUACAUAUAUAUUUAUCAAAACCAGAGAAACAUCACAAUGUAAGUCUCUGCUUAAACAGAUGUUAAGAAUAUUCGGGUGCGUUCGUUUAUUCUGGAUGGGUAGAUGAACUGCAAAUGUACGUGAAUGUUGUUUUCUGGAGCAUCUUCUGAUUCCGAGAACUGGACGCGUUACCAUGGUAACUCCUCGUUAUUAUCCCUGUGAUAUGAGAGAUCUUCCACUUGUGAUGGUUACAUUGUGACAAAUGUAGCAGUUGUACAUAUAUAGAUAACCAGACUGCUGUUUCCACUGGUGUGAAUCUAGUAUGCUUUUUUAUCCCUUUAGCAUUGUUGGUGGAGACCGAACUCUUGCCUGUUAAGUUGUUGUUUUCAGACAUGUUAAAUAUGCAUUAACUAAAUAUAGGACGAAUCCUUGUCAAAUCACGACACCACUAUUGAUCAUUCUGAGACGUGGCACCGCUACCAUGGACCAUCUAGAUUGGGCUGUUCACUAUUUCCAUUAUGAAAAUAGACUACUACUAUUUUUAUUUUAUUUUGUUAUCUAGGUUUUUUCCCAAAAAAUAUAUUUAAUAUAUAGUCAAAAGAUGAUAAUCAUUGAUAUGUUCAAAGAUAUAACUAGCAUGUAGCAUUCCCAGUGUUCAUUAUAGACAGAAUAAUGGUUUAUGCGUACAUAUGUAUACGGUGUGUCUUGUUAAAACACACACGUAAAUAGUCCUUAAUUAAUGUUAACUAUAUAGUAUUCAUAUUGCAAAACAUACCAUAGUGAUUUCCGUUAGUGUCCUAAACACGAUCAUAAGAAAUAUAUUAUUGAAAACUUCUGGUGAAUGUUUGACAGACUGUAAGCACGAGACGAAUGGUGUAAUUGUUAUUGAUGUCCACACCGGUAUAUAGUGUGAUAUUUGAGUGAUUGCGUAAACAUUUUGUCGUAAUAAAAACAAUAUAUCUAUAUAUAUAAUACGGCACACUACAAAUUAAAACCUCCGUGUUAUUGCUGUGGGCGCAUGUUUGGGAGAAACAGAUUCUCAUAUCUUUGUUCUAGGAAAUUUUGAAAAGAAACGAUCAAGUCAAUUUGAAAUUACAGGGCACUUUUUUAACAGGGUAAAAUAGGGCUCUUACUGUACAAUGUCUGGCGAAGGGAUUUUUACACUUAAUUCAGAAUUGCUAUUCGGCGACUUAAGAGUUUGUACUACUACACAGUUAUCUUAUGUCCCUGUUAAGUAAUUGUUUGCUAUUUGAAGUGUUUUAUAUUUUCCCACAUGUAGGGUAAGUAUCAGGUCACUAUUCAGAUGAUCCGGAAAUUGUAGUAUACUUUCUCGAUCUUCUUGUUUUUAAAAUUUUCUCGGAGCAAUAAACCAAUCAAAACCGUUGACAUUCCUUAACACAAUGUUAGAUAUCAAUAUCACCGUCGAUGUAUGUAGUCUGUGAAAUGUUCUGAAUCUUACCUGACCGUACGUUCGUCAAUAUGAACUACCUCCUACGAGUUUACAAUCAAAGAUGGUUAAUCGAUGAGGAUGUGUGUCUGGUUUACCUGGUGUACUGUGGACCUUCUAGUGACGAUUCGCCAAUAUCUUUAUUGUAAUUCUUAUCGAUACCAUCAUGUUUGAAAUUUAAUUUUAGGUAAUUCGCAAAUCGUAUAAUACCAAAUGGAUCAAAAAGGGUGAACAUGUUUGUAAAUUGCCUCACGUUUACAAAAUUUUGGAAUCUUUCUUAUAUCGGUGUAUUUGUGUAAUGUGUAAAGCUGAAUAUCAUAAUGUUUGCCAAAACAAGCUUCUAUAUUAUUUUAUUUCAUGUCUAGAUACAGACAGUGAUGAUGUUGGAGGAGGCUUCACAUGUUAUGGGUUAGUCUGGCCUGACACACAUCCUUUACGUACGAGUUGGAGGAGGCUUCAAAUGAUAUGGGUUAGUCUGGCCUUGCACACGUCAUUGGUAUAAUAUAUUGCCAUUGUCUCCAAAUUUUCCGAAAUUAAUGUGAUGAUGGAAUCAUGCUUCAACCCUAAUAAUAGACAUUUGCCAUGGGCAUAAGAGAAAUUAACGGCGGCGAUUGAACCCCUUAUAGAUAUAAUUUGUAAUCCUAUAUACUGGGACAACUAAUGACAACACAAGCAAGUUCAUGCUGUACGUGUAGUGUGUAUGGGGCCUGUGAGACGCGAAUGUAACUUUUUAAUGAGGUGGUGUAUUAUUUAAUGAGGUGGUGUAUAAAUUAAUGAGGUGUAUGGAAGGUGAUUAUUUGUUAUGUAGCGUGAUUGUUAUAGGUCAGACGUCUGUUAUGUAGUGUGUUCAGUAUUUUAGUCGCUGACUCAGUUGUCGCCGUGAGAAUAUCUACAUAUAAUUAGGAUGAGUGGUAUCUAUUACAAUUAGUAUGCAAAAGUUAUUUUACCAUUUUCAUCGAGUAGCUAAACACAUAUAGAUACAUAAUGUAUAUAUUCAAAUUACUGUUGGUUACUGCAUAUUUGUCUAUUUAUGAUUCCAGCAACUUUAAUGAGACUAAUACCCGACAUGGACAAUACGUCACACACAUGCAAACCUAUAAAGCGUAUCAGUUAAUGACACUACAUACUAUUACAUCGUAUAGAUAUAUGAACCAAUAUUUAUAGAUAAUGUGACCAUUUGGUCAUGUAGCCAUUGUUACGUUUUAUCCGAGAAGUUGUCAAUCGUUAGGAAGUAUCAAAAUACAGCUGUACGUGACGAAUGUUGGCGACAGAUUUAUGAUCCUAUAACAGGUACUAGUUAUAUCGUCACCCGGCUUUUAACUGCAUUUAACAAUGACAACACACCAGUUUAACAUUACACAUUAAUUAAACAUUACCGAAAUACACGUAUAUAUCAAAUUCUAAUCAAUAUACAUGUAGUAUUUAAUUGCUUAUUUGGCAUGAGGGCACGUAAAAAGGUUCAUACAUAAGUAAACAUAAAUACAGUGUCGAUUGUCUUACGAUCUAGUGUUUACAGACGUUAUGAGUUAGUUAGGAAAUAUGUAAUAGCUGUUUAGUACGAAGUACAGACUGGUUAAAUAGUUUUAAUGUUAGUAGUCCAUCCACGAGUAUAGAUAACAUAACAACACCAGACAACAAUGAUACAUCAUGUCUAGCCUACACAUACAUAACAUUCUCCAUAAACAACACUAUUUAAAACUCAUAUUAAUGUGAGUAAAACCGACACACAGCAAGCUCAUAUAUAACAACAUCAUGCAUAAUUGUUUGAUAAUCAUAUUGAUAUAAGUAUAUACCAACAUCGUACAUAAUUGUUUGAUAAUCAUAUUAAUAUAAGUAAAACUGACACACAACAAUAUACAAUCAUAGCAUUUUGAUAAGGUCGAUAUAACCAUGUAUCGACCGAAAUCAAAAUGCUAUGUACAAUUGCUUUAUCAUUUUUCUUGAUUAAUUUUUCAAUUUAACUUUUUUUUUCAUUUAUUUUUAUUGAAAAUUGAAGAAAACAGACAAAUUCAAAUAACAGAAUAUGCUUUCUUGUCUCCAUUACGUAAACAUGGUAAAUCGAGACAUAAAUUUUAAGAAUAAUUUAAUAACGAUCAGAAUUGUUAACACGGAGUGUCAUUAGAUUCGUUUAGAAGAUUUUUCGACGUCAGAAACUCCCCAAGUAAUUUCACCGCUGUCAUUGUGGCCCUUUUAGUACUGGCUAAAUCCGAGUUAUCCAAUAUGGAUUCAACUGACUCUCCACUGAGCGAGGGGAAUCGCGAUGUUUUCAGCUGUUUAUUGAAGUCAACGUAACUAGUUCCUCAGAGCGCUUGACUCUGGUGGACUUUGAAUCACCAUUCAAGCUUCGAAGUGAUAUAUUCCCAUUUAGUCUAUUUAUAACCGUGCAAUGCACAUUUUUGCCAACUUUUUUUUUGUUUCUAUAAGUUAAUUUACUUUUUACAGACGUCCACGUGACAUAGUUCUAACCAAUAAAUGAGCACGAAAAAUGAAGAAAAAAAUUAACUCAUAUAUAAAAUCAUACAUAAUUGUUUAAAAAAUCAUAUUGAUAAAGUAAAACCCGACUCAAUUCACACACACAGUACAUCAAAAAUAGAAUAACGAUUACAUAUAUAAAUAUAUUAAACAAUAAUAAGUUGUGAUCGCGAUGCAUUAAACAAUGCGACCCAAUAAAUAAAACAAAUCCGCGAGAUAUCCGUGAUAUUGUUUAAUUAUCAUUUCUCUUUGAACGUGUGCCAUGAGUUAGGUGUGAUGUUGAGAGCCUACAUUUUGGUUAUACGCCCGUGAUGUGUUACUUACAGACAUAUAUUAAAUCACGGGUGCCGGUAUCUAUGUGUGAACAAACUUCACCUGUAAAAUACUGCCAACAUGAGAGAACAUGGUUGUCAGACAUGCAUACCUCCUAUCUGCAAUAUUAUCGCGAAACGGAAAAUUGUCUGAUACGUAUAUGUAUACAUUUUUAGUGAGAAGUCUCGUUACACAGAUACACAGUGAACGUUUAUAUAAAUACACAUUUGUAAUGAGAAACCUUCUUACACGGACACACAGUGGACGCCUAUAAGUACAUGUGUACAUUUGUAGUGAGAAGCAUUGUUACACAGACACACGUUGGACGCUUAUAUAAGUAUACAUUUGUAGUGAAAAGUCUUGUUACCUACCAUACCUUGUCAACAUUGCUUGUCAAUUACGUUUAUUGAAAUUUGUUUCAUUUAAAAAAAGUUUCACUAUUUCAUAUGCAUUGUUUAAAAUAAAGGUUUUAAUCCAGUUUGAUUAAAUGAU